AUGACCACGCCCCUCCUGCAGCAGUUCCCAUCACUGGCGUCUUAUCCGCCCUCCUUUCUGAAGGACCUGCUGUCCUCGCCGCAGCUGACUGAGGCCUUCCUCUUCACGCUACCCGAGGUGCAGGAGCUGUCGUCCGAGGUCGAGCGACUGGGGCGGGAGAACGAGGAGCUGGCUCAGAAGAACUUGGCGCUGCAAGACGAGCUGCUGGCGCUGCGAGAUGCGACCGCACAGAGCUACUCCCACGCCGAGGCGCUGAAGGCGCACUGGGCAGAGAUCGACAAGGCGCAGCAGGGGCUGUACCAGGACGACACGAGCGAGAAGAUUGCGUCUGCGUUCAUUGAUGGCGGUGCUGCGGGAUCGGGAACAGCGUCAAGGGUCGACUCGCCCGCACCUGGACACGAGGAUGGAACAUCUUCGCUGGACGAGUUCAUCAACGAGUUCAAGGCCGCGCGCAAGACGUACCACAAGCGGAACAUUUGGGCGGAGCGCUGGUCCCGUGGCGAGGUGGCGUGGCGGGACGACUAG